GGAGCGGUGCCGGUGCUGCCGGUCCCGGCCCCGCCGUGCCCCCAGUCCGCCGCCGCCCCGGCAUCGCCCGCUCGUCCCGGCGGCGCGGCCGGCCGGAGCCCCCGGGCAGCUCUGGGCCGCCCAACACCCCCCCCGCCCCCGGCGGGACAUCCGCCUCCCGGGCCAGCCCCAGCCGCCACCCCCCCACCCCGGACCGCUCCGAGCUGCCGCGGUGAGGGGAUGGGGCAGGGGCCGCGGCACCCUGGGGUGCCCCGUGCUCACCGGGGGGCCCCGGGGUCCCCCCUCCCUCCCUGCCGCAUGCCGGGGCUGCCUCUGCCCCCCGGCCCGGGGCAGUGGGUUCCCGGGGCUGGGUGUGGAAGCCCCCCCGGGGGGGGGUUAUGGCUUCCCGCAGCCCGGCACCAGCGCUCAGCCCUCCGCCCUGCCAGCGGGUGCCCCCGUGUCCCCCAGGGACGCUGCUGUGUCCCCCAGUGCCCCCAGGGAUGCCCCUGCAUCCCCAGCUGGACAAGCUGCCCCCAGACAAGACCCCUUGUGAGCCCCCACUUGCCCCCUCCAAGGCCUGGUCCCCUGUUCAGAGGAGGCUGCGGGGGGGAACUCGCAUCCCCUCCCUGCCCCAGGGGGCUGGGGGCCGCAGCCAGGAGCCCCCUGAGCUGCUGCUCUGUUACUCACCCUGGGCAUCCCCAGCCCCUGCUGAAGCAGGGUCCGGAGGGGCAAGCAGGGGCUGAGGGGCUGAGCAGGGCAGCCUGGCAGUGCCACUGGCUGGAACGGGUGCUGGGGGGCAGCCCUGGGCUGGGGGCUCCAGCCUAAGGAAGGGACAUCCCAUGCCAGGGAUGUGACCAUGGGUGCUCCCUGGGAGCAGCCCCACCGGGCAGGCCAGAGCGUGGGUGCCCAGGGGUGGGUCCCCAUGAGCAUCGGCAGGCCUGCUCCCACCCCAGUGUCCCUGCAACCCCCUCGCUGCGCUGGACACUGCAGUUGGGUGUGGAUGUGGACCCCGAAAGGAUGGCACCGUGUUUGGGGGACGACAUGUGUGCUCCAAAACGGCUGCCUAGGGAAGCGGGUGCUUGCUUGGCAGGGAAGGGGUUAACGCCAGGGGGCUUUCGGGGUGCCGGGGUGUCCCCAGCCGGGUACACCCAGGCUGCUGCUCACACCGGUGACCUCACGCCACUGCCAUGGCAACCGCUCAUGAAGUCACCGGUGCUGAGAGCGGGGCGGCUGCCUCCAGCGUGGGGUGAUGGGAUGGGAGCGUGGGAGGCGCAAGCGCCAGCCCCCCCCCCCCCCCCCCCUCACCGCACCCCCCGGGUCCCCCGCAGAAUGAGCUGUGCCCCCGCCAGCGUCCACGCCUCCGCCUGACCCCUGCCACCAUGCUCAUCAAGGAGUACCGCAUCUGUAUGCCGCUCACCACCGAGGAGUACCGCGUGGGGCAGCUCUACACCAUCAGCAAGCACAGUCACCAGGAGAGCGAGAAGGGCGAGGGUGUGGAGGUGGUGAAGAACGAGCCUCACGAGGACCCCAUCCACGGCCCUGGCCAGUUCACCGAGAAGCGCGUCCACCUCUCCAGCAAACUGCCAAGCUGGGCGCGGGCAGUGACCCCCCGCAUCUUCUACAUCACGGAAAAGGCCUGGAACUACUACCCCUACACCAUCACCGAGUACACGUGCUCCUUCCUGCCCAAGUUCUCCAUUUACAUCGAGACCAAGUACGAGGACAACUGCGGGGACAGUGAGAACAUCUUCCACAGCGAUAAAAUCCUGGGCGACCACGAGGUCUCCUUCCUGGACAUCGCCUUCGACGAGAUCCCCGAGCGGUACUACCGCAGCCUGGAGGACCCCCGUUUCUUCAGCUCCACCAAGACGGGCCGGGGGCCGCUGCGGGAGGGCUGGCGCCAGCACACCAAGCCCAUCAUGUGCUCCUACAAGCUGGUGAGCGUCAAGUUCGAGGUGUGGGGGCUGCAGACGCGGGUGGAGCAGUUCGUGCACAAGGUGAUCCGGGACAUCCUGCUGAUCGGGCACCGGCAGGCUUUCGCCUGGGUGGACGAGUGGUGCGGGAUGACGAUGGAGGAGGUGCGGCGCUACGAGCGGGAGACUCAGGAGGCCACCAACGAGCUCAUCGGCCUGGUGGCACCCACCAUCUCGGUCAGCGAGGUGGGGCAGCCCACAGCCACGCACUCGGCCCCUGCCAGCGCCCCCUCCACCCCCCUUGGCGACGAGGCCCCCGAUUUCCUCACUCCCCCCAAGACUCGCCCGCGCAAGAAGUCGGCGCCGGAGACCCUGACGCUGCCCGCACUGCGGGAACGUGCCAGCGCAGAGUGAUGCCGGCAGUGCCGCACCGUGCUACCUCCCCGGCUGGACUGUGCCAGCCCUGCUGCCCACCACGGCCCCUCCAACAGGUGCCAACCCCAGGGAGGGACCCACUGUCGGGGCGCAGGGAGCCCCGGGGGGGUACCAGCCUCUCUGAACCAUCACGGGUGCCCAACGUGGGUCCUUGCCAGCACUGCUAUGCCAGACCUGCUGGCUGCACGGGGAGGGGACGCCAGGCCAGCAGGGGUCCCUGGCAGCAUCGGGCGAUGCCACAGGAGCCGGUUUGCUUGGCUCCACCUGCCCGGUUUCUGCAGGGGCUGCCGAAGCUGGCGAGCAGCAGGGCGGCAGCACCCAGUGCCCAUGUGCCGUGGCUGCGGUGGGUGCCGGUGCCAGGCUGAGCAUCUGCAGAGGCUGGCGGGCAAUUCUGCAGCACCAUGCUGCAGGGUGGGCACCAGCGCAGGGGCCGAGCACAUGUGACAGUGACAGUGACAGCUGGGUGCUGGGCUGGGGCUCCCCGCGGGACCCCAGGGGCUGCACAGCCCCAUGCACGGCACGUCCCGCAGUUGGGGUCCCCUUUGCCAUCCCUCCAGAGGCUGUGGCUGCCCAAGAUGGCUGGGGCAGGCUCAGCCCUCCGUUUUCUUUGGGAAAACAAAGGCCUUUUUGGAAAUAAAGCUCAAGACAUGUCA